AUCAGCUGUCCGUCCGGGUGGCUGGUCUCAGAUGAUCCUGCGGGUGAAGCAGCCAGAUGUGGAGUUCCUGGAUUGGCGUGGUUACAUGUGGUCUGCGGUUGUGAGGAACGUUGGAUGUACUGCCAAAUUCUCUAAAUACGAAGUUGGAGGAUUAUGGGUGGACGAGAUGCAGGAAGGAAAUAUUAAUGACGCUUUGCCUACCUCCAAGAACCACACAGGUUCCCAUCCCAUGCAGACUCCGAAGAAUGAGGAUGCCUAUGAAAUCUCCAUUCCCUUUGAGGAGAAUAACUUUGAGCAGCAAGGCUUCUUCAAUCAGAAUGAGCAGAGUUUUGAAGAGUCGCCCCCUCCCUCGGGUGCCCCCCCACCAGGCAGCUCGUACCUGCUGAUAACCAACCUGCGGACACAGCUGCAGAUCUCCCUGGAGAAGAACUCGUGGCUGCACAAACGCAUCGAUGACCUGGAGGAGGAGAGGGACUUCCUGCGUUGCCAGCUGGACCGCUUCAUCUUCUCUACCAAGACCCAAGGCCAUCAGAACCAGGGCCCCAGCGAGAGCCAGUACAGCAACGGCUAUGACUCUAGACGUUUUGAAUGGAAGCCGAGGAGAGAGGUGGAUCGCCCAGCUGAGCAGAAGUCCGAGCCACAGCGUUUCACAUCUCGUCAGAUAUUCCAGCGAAGACCAUCCCCCACUGCCAUGGCCCCACCCAAAAACCACACUUCCAGCACGAUAGCCAAUCAGAUGGCCGCGAUGAGCUCCAUGUUCAGCUCCGGGGCCUCCCAGAGCCUCUUGCAGGGGCACAGCAGUGGCAGUAGCAGCGCUAUUAGAGCCACCAUGAGUGACAUGAAUGCACACGGGAGCGUAGGGCCAGGUCUUGUUUGUCUGUUCAGAUUCCCUGUCCCUCCUGGGGGAGGCCGAGGAGUUCCUGGAGCAGGAUGGCUACAUGAACGAGGAGGAAAUGAUUUCAGGAGAGGAGGUGAUGUCCGAGGGCAUGAGCAGCGGUGGGCACCCAGGGAUGAAGAGGAGGCGGGUCUUCCGAUUCACCAGGGAGAGGCAGAGAGUAAAAGACGCUGCUGGGGUUCUGUUUCGCUACAAGAAGAUCCUGCUGACCUACCAGCGGCUGAAGAACAUGUCUAAGGCCUUCCAGAUCCACGGCGUAGACCGUAACACGGUGGCCUCCACCACGCCCAUCGCUGAGAUGCUGCUGGUGGCCCCAGAGAAGGUGGCGGAGGUGGGCGAGUUUGACCCGUCCAAGGAGAAGCUGCUGGAUUACGCACGGCGCUGCUACGUCGCCCUGGACGAGGAGACUCUAAGCAGGGUGCAGGCCCUGAAGAAGAACAACCUGCUACUACCCAUCUCCUACAGGUUCAGACACUGAUGGGGGGAGGGACGCUGGGGCCAAGGGGAUGAGGGGAAUCUGGGGGCCAAGGGGAUGAGGGGAAUCUGGGGGCCAAGGGGAUGAGGGGAAUCUGGGGGCCAAGAGGAUGAGGGGAAUCUGGGGACCAAGGGGAUGGGGGGGUGCUCUGGGGGGAGGAGGGCUUCAUUUUGUCGUGGAGAAGAGCAGGGUGGGACUUUUGGAGAAGGUCAUCACUCAACCAUCUCCCUAAGAUUCAGACAUUUAUGGAAAGUUAAGAUUUGUGUAUGGGAGCGCUGGAUAUGUAGGGGAGGUUGUUGCCCAUCCCAUACACAGAAUCUGUUUUCUAUUCUUAACUAUUUGUUCAGAAUCCUUUUGAAGCUGAGGUAAUGAACUAUAGCAUUCCUUAUUUCUGACCAGAGUACUAUAUUGAACUUUGUAGUACUUUAUUUCAGUGCAAUUUUGACACGUAGGGCCCCAUUUUGCUCAUGCCAAAAAUUGGUGCUAUUGUCUGAAGAGGCCGUAAUACUCCCAAAUACUUACAUUAGCAGCAUGAAGGUACAGUGACCAAAUCAUAGAUUUGUAGCAUUCCAAACUAGCUCUUUAUUUUCAUCACACUUGAAAUAAGUGCCAUGCUGACUAUUUGAGGUAAUAUGGCCUUUUUUGACGAUCAUCUAUUUUGAGCUGUCUGCAUUUCACCUUUUAGUGUCUUCAUGUAAAAGUGGUUUCAUAUUCUGCACCCUCACAAAAGCAAUGUCAAUACUAUACAUCUUUAUUUACAGAUAAAUGUUUGUUGUUUGGAUAACAUUCUCUCAUGUUUUUCCUAGCACUUCAAAAACAAAUGUAUUAUUUGUGCACUUAAAUGAUGACCAUAUUUAGAUAUUUAAAAAAGCCCACACCCAGUGAUUUUGGAUCUGUCUCUCAUUUCUCCAGGUUGAAAGGAGGAGAGGAUUCUCUUAAAGAGAAGGAAACUCACGCGACCACAAACUGAACAAAGCAAAGAGUAGUUGCACACUCUAUUGCUCAGAUUCAAUCCUUUAGUAGAAUCAUUCCAGUGUUCUGUCAGAAAGCUUCCAGGUUCUGAAACAAAGGAAGUUAGCUAGCUGACUGACCACUGGUGUUGUGUCUGCACCAGAACAACAGAAUAAGCAGAUAUUCUUUGCUUUGGAAGAAGGAUGGGGACAGUUUUGGGGACAGUUCUACUGUGAGGCUAAGCUGUUGUACCACAACAGCUUAGCCUUUUUUUUGUUGCACCAGAAUAUAUUCUGUCACUGUAAAGUGCCACUGUAGCAUACCGUUGUGAGAUGUGUCAUUUGACUGAAGUGUGGUGUAGUAUAACAUCACGUACCCUUUGUACUGUGCUACGAAGAUUCGUUUUUUACUAUAAUAGUAGUAUGAUUUACUGUGCUAUUUCACCAUCAGUUGAGAUUUGUGCUUUCUUUUUUCAGUCAUAUACUGCAAUACUUUGUUUGCUUGGGAAUAAUUUAGAUUGCAUACUAUUACGUUUCUCUUUUUUUGUGUUCCAAUAAGCUCAGUGAUUUCCACAAAAGGGACAAAAUACAAAAUGUUGAUUUUUAUUUGAACAUGUCUAUGUAAAUCAAUAUCAAUCACCAGUUCCCCAUUACAAUUGCAUGUCAAAUUAACUCUUGUUGGUCAGUUGUUUAGACAGAGCUGUUGUUGAACUUAAUAAUGAUGUUAAAAAAACAAUAGCAGUAGUAUUGGCGAUGGUGUAAUAUAGUGGUAUAUUGUGUGUGUGUGUUAUACUGAAACUGGUACAAGGAAUUGCUGAGACCCCAGGUUGUCUGAGUGUGUGAAAGGAUACCUCUCACUUUAAACUUCAUGUCUUACUUAUUCACAACACAAACUCUCCCAGGGACGGGUAUCAGUGUGUACAACUGCUGAAAUCAUGUUAUGUUCCAACACCUUUUCUAUACGGGUCAGAGAUGUCAUUUUGACUUUAAUAAGGAACCAAUCAUUUACUGAAAGGUACCGUACAACCUGUAUCAUUUAAGAUACCGGUAUCUGUGUGCAGCAUUUCAAAAAUGUUUAAUAUUGUAUUUCUCUUCAAGAAUAAUGAGGAGUAGCCUGUAAUUCAAAAACUGAUAAUGUUUGGUUGAUUAUACAAAUUGUAUGGACUGUAAAAAUUGAAAUGCCAUUAAAGCAUUUGAUUUCUUAAAAAAUCCUGA